AUGGAUUUGGUAAAUUUUCCCUCCAAUGUUACUCAGGUAAAUGUGGUCACCCGCUCUGAGACCCACCUACAGCUGGAAUGGACCAAAGUCAACAACGACAAUAACUACAAUUACAUACUGAGAGACAGCAAUGGAGCAGAGGUUGACAUCGCUGGAUCAGAUUCAGGAACCACAGUGAAACACACAGUCUCAUCUCUCUCUGCUGGAACAAACUACUCUUUCACUCUCUUCACUGUUUUUGAUGGAGUGAGAAGCACAGGACGCACCUUCUCAGCAGUAACAGUUCCUCCUGAUGUUACUCUGGUAAAUGCAGUCACCCGUUCUGAGACUCACCUAGAUCUGGAGUGGACCAAAGUCGACAACAACAAUAAUUAUACUUACGUACUGAGAAACAACAAUGGAGCAGAGGCCAGUAUCAUAGGAUUAGAUGAGGAGACCAGAGUGAAACACACAGUCUCGUCUCUCUCUGCUGGGACAAAGUACUCAUUCACUCUCUUCACUGUGUUUGAGGGAGUGAGAAGCACAGGGUAUACAUUCUCAGAGAUUACAAUUCCCCCAGAUGUUGCUCAGGCAAAUGUGGCAACCCUCUCUGAGACUCACCUAGAGCUGGAAUGGACCAAAGUCAACAACGACAAUAACUACAAUUACAUACUGAGAGUCAGCAAUGGAGCAGAGACAAACAUCACUGGAUCAGAUGCAGGGACCACAGUGAAACACACAGUUGCAUCUCUCUCUGCUGGAACAAACUACUCUUUCACUCUCUUCACUGUGUUUGAGGGAGUGAGCAGCACAGGAUUUACCUUCUCAGCAGUAACAGUUCCCUCCGAUGUUACUCAGGUAAAUGUGGUCACCCGCUCUGAGACCCACCUACAGCUGGAAUGGACCAAAGUCAACAACGACAAUAACUACAAUUACAUACUGAGAGACAGCAAUGGAGCAGAGGUUGACAUAGCUGGAUCAGAUGCAGGAACCACAGUGAAACACACAGUCUCAUCUCUCUCUGCUGGAACAAACUACUCUUUCACUCUCUUCACUGUUUUUGAUGGAGUGAGAAGCACAGGACGCACCUUCUCAGCAGUAACAGUUCCUCCUGAUGUUACUCUGGUAAAUGCAGUCACCCGUUCUGAGACUCACCUAGAUCUGGAGUGGACCAAAGUCGACAACAACAAUAAUUAUACUUACGUACUGAGAAACAGCAAUGGAGCAGAGGCCAGUAUCAUUGGAUUAGAUGAGGAGACCAGAGUGAAACACACAGUCUCGUCUCUCUCUGCUGGGACAAAGUACUCAUUCACUCUCUUCACUGUGUUUGAGGGAGUGAGAAGCACAGGGUAUACAUUCUCAGAGAUUACAAUUCCUCCUGAUGUUACUCUGGUAAAUGCAGUCACCCGUUCUGAGACUCACCUAGAUCUGGAGUGGACCAAAGUCGACAACAACAAUAAUUAUACUUACGUACUGAGAAACAGCAAUGGAGCAGAGGCCAGUAUCAUUGGAUUAGAUGAGGAGACCAGAGUGAAACACACAGUCUCGUCUCUCUCUGCUGGGACAAAGUACUCAUUCACUCUCUUCACUGUGUUUGAGGGAGUGAGAAGCACAGGGUAUACAUUCUCAGAGAUUACAAUUCCCCCAGAUGUUGCUCAGGCAAAUGUGGCAACCCUCUCUGAGACUCACCUAGAGCUGGAAUGGACCAAAGUCAACAACGACAAUAACUACAAUUACAUACUGAGAGUCAGCAAUGGAGCAGAGACAAACAUCACUGGAUCAGAUGCAGGGACCACAGUGAAACACACAGUUGCAUCUCUCUCUGCUGGAACAAACUACUCUUUCACUCUCUUCACUGUGUUUGAGGGAGUGAGCAGCACAGGAUUUACCUUCUCAGCAGUAACAGUUCCCUCCGAUGUUACUCAGGUAAAUGUGGUCACCCGCUCUGAGACCCACCUACAGCUGGAAUGGACCAAAGUCAACAACGACAAUAACUACAAUUACAUACUGAGAGACAGCAAUGGAGCAGAGGUUGACAUCGCUGGAUCAGAUGCAGGAACCACAGUGAAACACACAGUCUCAUCUCUCUCUGCUGGAACAAACUACUCUUUCACUCUCUUCACUGUUUUUGAUGGAGUGAGAAGCACAGGACGCACCUUCUCAGCAGUAACAGUUCCUCCUGAUGUUACUCUGGUAAAUGCAGUCACCCGUUCUGAGACUCACCUAGAUCUGGAGUGGACCAAAGUCGACAACAACAAUAAUUAUACUUACGUACUGAGAAACAGCAAUGGAGCAGAGGCCAGUAUCAUUGGAUUAGAUGAGGAGACCAGAGUGAAACACACAGUCUCGUCUCUCUCUGCUGGGACAAAGUACUCAUUCACUCUCUUCACUGUGUUUGAGGGAGUGAGAAGCACAGGGUAUACAUUCUCAGAGAUUACAAUUCCCCCAGAUGUUGCUCAGGCAAAUGUGGCAACCCUCUCUGAGACUCACCUAGAGCUGGAAUGGACCAAAGUCAACAACGACAAUAACUACAAUUACAUACUGAGAGUCAGCAAUGGAGCAGAGACAAACAUCACUGGAUCAGAUGCAGGGACCACAGUGAAACACACAGUUGCAUCUCUCUCUGCUGGAACAAACUACUCUUUCACUCUCUUCACUGUGUUUGAGGGAGUGAGCAGCACAGGAUUUACCUUCUCAGCAGUAACAGUUCCCUCCGAUGUUACUCAGGUAAAUGUGGUCACCCGCUCUGAGACCCACCUACAGCUGGAAUGGACCAAAGUCAACAACGACAAUAACUACAAUUACAUACUGAGAGACAGCAAUGGAGCAGAGGUUGACAUAGCUGGAUCAGAUGCAGGAACCACAGUGAAACACACAGUCUCAUCUCUCUCUGCUGGAACAAACUACUCUUUCACUCUCUUCACUGUUUUUGAUGGAGUGAGAAGCACAGGACGCACCUUCUCAGCAGUAACAGUUCCUCCUGAUGUUACUCUGGUAAAUGCAGUCACCCGUUCUGAGACUCACCUAGAUCUGGAGUGGACCAAAGUCGACAACAACAAUAAUUAUACUUACGUACUGAGAAACAGCAAUGGAGCAGAGGCCAGUAUCAUUGGAUUAGAUGAGGAGACCAGAGUGAAACACACAGUCUCGUCUCUCUCUGCUGGGACAAAGUACUCAUUCACUCUCUUCACUGUGUUUGAGGGAGUGAGAAGCACAGGGUAUACAUUCUCAGAGAUUACAAUUCCCCCAGAUGUUGCUCAGGCAAAUGUGGCAACCCUCUCUGAGACUCACCUAGAGCUGGAAUGGACCAAAGUCAACAACGACAAUAACUACAAUUACAUACUGAGAGUCAGCAAUGGAGCAGAGACAAACAUCACUGGAUCAGAUGCAGGGACCACAGUGAAACACACAGUUGCAUCUCUCUCUGCUGGAACAAACUACUCUUUCACUCUCUUCACUGUGUUUGAGGGAGUGAGCAGCACAGGAUUUACCUUCUCAGCAGUAACAGUUCCCUCCGAUGUUACUCAGGUAAAUGUGGUCACCCGCUCUGAGACCCACCUACAGCUGGAAUGGACCAAAGUCAACAACGACAAUAACUACAAUUACAUACUGAGAGACAGCAAUGGAGCAGAGGUUGACAUAGCUGGAUCAGAUGCAGGAACCACAGUGAAACACACAGUCUCAUCUCUCUCUGCUGGAACAAACUACUCUUUCACUCUCUUCACUGUUUUUGAUGGAGUGAGAAGCACAGGACGCACCUUCUCAGCAGUAACAGUUCCUCCUGAUGUUACUCUGGUAAAUGCAGUCACCCGUUCUGAGACUCACCUAGAUCUGGAGUGGACCAAAGUCGACAACAACAAUAAUUAUACUUACGUACUGAGAAACAGCAAUGGAGCAGAGGCCAGUAUCAUUGGAUUAGAUGAGGAGACCAGAGUGAAACACACAGUCUCGUCUCUCUCUGCUGGGACAAAGUACUCAUUCACUCUCUUCACUGUGUUUGAGGGAGUGAGAAGCACAGGGUAUACAUUCUCAGAGAUUACAAUUCCCCCAGAUGUUGCUCAGGCAAAUGUGGCAACCCUCUCUGAGACUCACCUAGAGCUGGAAUGGACCAAAGUCAACAACGACAAUAACUACAAUUACAUACUGAGAGUCAGCAAUGGAGCAGAGACAAACAUCACUGGAUCAGAUGCAGGGACCACAGUGAAACACACAGUUGCAUCUCUCUCUGCUGGAACAAACUACUCUUUCACUCUCUUCACUGUGUUUGAGGGAGUGAGCAGCACAGGAUUUACCUUCUCAGCAGUAACAGUUCCCUCCGAUGUUACUCAGGUAAAUGUGGUCACCCGCUCUGAGACCCACCUACAGCUGGAAUGGACCAAAGUCAACAACGACAAUAACUACAAUUACAUACUGAGAGACAGCAAUGGAGCAGAGGUUGACAUAGCUGGAUCAGAUGCAGGAACCACAGUGAAACACACAGUCUCAUCUCUCUCUGCUGGAACAAACUACUCUUUCACUCUCUUCACUGUUUUUGAUGGAGUGAGAAGCACAGGACGCACCUUCUCAGCAGUAACAGUUCCUCCUGAUGUUACUCUGGUAAAUGCAGUCACCCGUUCUGAGACUCACCUAGAUCUGGAGUGGACCAAAGUCGACAACAACAAUAAUUAUACUUACGUACUGAGAAACAGCAAUGGAGCAGAGGCCAGUAUCAUUGGAUUAGAUGAGGAGACCAGAGUGAAACACACAGUCUCGUCUCUCUCUGCUGGGACAAAGUACUCAUUCACUCUCUUCACUGUGUUUGAGGGAGUGAGAAGCACAGGGUAUACAUUCUCAGAGAUUACAAUUCCCUCCGAUGUUACUCAGGUAAAUGUGGUCACCCGCUCUGAGACCCACCUACAGCUGGAAUGGACCAAAGUCAACAACGACAAUAACUACAAUUACAUACUGAGAGACAGCAAUGGAGCAGAGGUUGACAUCGCUGGAUCAGAUGCAGGAACCACAGUGAAACACACAGUCUCAUCUCUCUCUGCUGGAACAAACUACUCUUUCACUCUCUUCACUGUUUUUGAUGGAGUGAGAAGCACAGGACGCACCUUCUCAGCAGUAACAGUUCCUCCUGAUGUUACUCUGGUAAAUGCAGUCACCCGUUCUGAGACUCACCUAGAUCUGGAGUGGACCAAAGUCGACAACAACAAUAAUUAUACUUACGUACUGAGAAACAGCAAUGGAGCAGAGGCCAGUAUCAUUGGAUUAGAUGAGGAGACCAGAGUGAAACACACAGUCUCGUCUCUCUCUGCUGGGACAAAGUACUCAUUCACUCUCUUCACUGUGUUUGAGGGAGUGAGAAGCACAGGGUAUACAUUCUCAGAGAUUACAAUUCCCCCAGAUGUUGCUCAGGCAAAUGUGGCAACCCUCUCUGAGACUCACCUAGAGCUGGAAUGGACCAAAGUCAACAACGACAAUAACUACAAUUACAUACUGAGAGUCAGCAAUGGAGCAGAGACAAACAUCACUGGAUCAGAUGCAGGGACCACAGUGAAACACACAGUUGCAUCUCUCUCUGCUGGAACAAACUACUCUUUCACUCUCUUCACUGUGUUUGAGGGAGUGAGCAGCACAGGAUUUACCUUCUCAGCAGUAACAGUUCCCUCCGAUGUUACUCAGGUAAAUGUGGUCACCCGCUCUGAGACCCACCUACAGCUGGAAUGGACCAAAGUCAACAACGACAAUAACUACAAUUACAUACUGAGAGACAGCAAUGGAGCAGAGGUUGACAUAGCUGGAUCAGAUGCAGGAACCACAGUGAAACACACAGUCUCAUCUCUCUCUGCUGGAACAAACUACUCUUUCACUCUCUUCACUGUUUUUGAUGGAGUGAGAAGCACAGGACGCACCUUCUCAGCAGUAACAGUUCCUCCUGAUGUUACUCUGGUAAAUGCAGUCACCCGUUCUGAGACUCACCUAGAUCUGGAGUGGACCAAAGUCGACAACAACAAUAAUUAUACUUACGUACUGAGAAACAGCAAUGGAGCAGAGGCCAGUAUCAUUGGAUUAGAUGAGGAGACCAGAGUGAAACACACAGUCUCGUCUCUCUCUGCUGGGACAAAGUACUCAUUCACUCUCUUCACUGUGUUUGAGGGAGUGAGAAGCACAGGGUAUACAUUCUCAGAGAUUACAAUUCCCCCAGAUGUUGCUCAGGCAAAUGUGGCAACCCUCUCUGAGACUCACCUAGAGCUGGAAUGGACCAAAGUCAACAACGACAAUAACUACAAUUACAUACUGAGAGUCAGCAAUGGAGCAGAGACAAACAUCACUGGAUCAGAUGCAGGGACCACAGUGAAACACACAGUUGCAUCUCUCUCUGCUGGAACAAACUACUCUUUCACUCUCUUCACUGUGUUUGAGGGAGUGAGCAGCACAGGAUUUACCUUCUCAGCAGUAACAGUUCCCUCCGAUGUUACUCAGGUAAAUGUGGUCACCCGCUCUGAGACCCACCUACAGCUGGAAUGGACCAAAGUCAACAACGACAAUAACUACAAUUACAUACUGAGAGACAGCAAUGGAGCAGAGGUUGACAUAGCUGGAUCAGAUGCAGGAACCACAGUGAAACACACAGUCUCAUCUCUCUCUGCUGGAACAAACUACUCUUUCACUCUCUUCACUGUUUUUGAUGGAGUGAGAAGCACAGGACGCACCUUCUCAGCAGUAACAGUUCCUCCUGAUGUUACUCUGGUAAAUGCAGUCACCCGUUCUGAGACUCACCUAGAUCUGGAGUGGACCAAAGUCGACAACAACAAUAAUUAUACUUACGUACUGAGAAACAGCAAUGGAGCAGAGGCCAGUAUCAUUGGAUUAGAUGAGGAGACCAGAGUGAAACACACAGUCUCGUCUCUCUCUGCUGGGACAAAGUACUCAUUCACUCUCUUCACUGUGUUUGAGGGAGUGAGAAGCACAGGGUAUACAUUCUCAGAGAUUACAAUUCCCCCAGAUGUUGCUCAGGUAAAUGUGGCAACCCUCUCUGAGACUCACCUAGAGCUGGAAUGGACCAAAGUCAACAACGACAAUAACUACAAUUACAUACUGAGAGUCAGCAAUGGAGCAGAGACAAACAUCACUGGAUCAGAUGCAGGGACCACAGUGAAACACACAGUUGCAUCUCUCUCUGCUGGAACAAACUACUCUUUCACUCUCUUCACUGUGUUUGAGGGAGUGAGCAGCACAGGAUUUACCUUCUCAGCAGUAACAGUUCCCUCCGAUGUUACUCAGGUAAAUGUGGUCACCCGCUCUGAGACCCACCUACAGCUGGAAUGGACCAAAGUCAACAACGACAAUAACUACAAUUACAUACUGAGAGACAGCAAUGGAGCAGAGGUUGACAUAGCUGGAUCAGAUGCAGGAACCACAGUGAAACACACAGUCUCAUCUCUCUCUGCUGGAACAAACUACUCUUUCACUCUCUUCACUGUUUUUGAUGGAGUGAGAAGCACAGGACGCACCUUCUCAGCAGUAACAGUUCCUCCUGAUGUUACUCUGGUAAAUGCAGUCACCCGUUCUGAGACUCACCUAGAUCUGGAGUGGACCAAAGUCGACAACAACAAUAAUUAUACUUACGUACUGAGAAACAGCAAUGGAGCAGAGGCCAGUAUCAUUGGAUUAGAUGAGGAGACCAGAGUGAAACACACAGUCUCGUCUCUCUCUGCUGGGACAAAGUACUCAUUCACUCUCUUCACUGUGUUUGAGGGAGUGAGAAGCACAGGGUAUACAUUCUCAGAGAUUACAAUUCCCCCAGAUGUUGCUCAGGCAAAUGUGGCAACCCUCUCUGAGACUCACCUAGAGCUGGAAUGGACCAAAGUCAACAACGACAAUAACUACAAUUACAUACUGAGAGUCAGCAAUGGAGCAGAGACAAACAUCACUGGAUCAGAUGCAGGGACCACAGUGAAACACACAGUUGCAUCUCUCUCUGCUGGAACAAACUACUCUUUCACUCUCUUCACUGUGUUUGAGGGAGUGAGCAGCACAGGAUUUACCUUCUCAGCAGUAACAGUUCCCUCCGAUGUUACUCAGGUAAAUGUGGUCACCCGCUCUGAGACCCACCUACAGCUGGAAUGGACCAAAGUCAACAACGACAAUAACUACAAUUACAUACUGAGAGACAGCAAUGGAGCAGAGGUUGACAUAGCUGGAUCAGAUGCAGGAACCACAGUGAAACACACAGUCUCAUCUCUCUCUGCUGGAACAAACUACUCUUUCACUCUCUUCACUGUUUUUGAUGGAGUGAGAAGCACAGGACGCACCUUCUCAGCAGUAACAGUUCCUCCUGAUGUUACUCUGGUAAAUGCAGUCACCCGUUCUGAGACUCACCUAGAUCUGGAGUGGACCAAAGUCGACAACAACAAUAAUUAUACUUACGUACUGAGAAACAACAAUGGAGCAGAGGCCAGUAUCAUUGGAUUAGAUGAGGAGACCAGAGUGAAACACACAGUCUCGUCUCUCUCUGCUGGGACAAAGUACUCAUUCACUCUCUUCACUGUGUUUGAGGGAGUGAGAAGCACAGGGUAUACAUUCUCAGAGAUUACAAUUCCCCCAGAUGUUGCUCAGGCAAAUGUGGCAACCCUCUCUGAGACUCACCUAGAGCUGGAAUGGACCAAAGUCAACAACGACAAUAACUACAAUUACAUACUGAGAGUCAGCAAUGGAGCAGAGACAAACAUCACUGGAUCAGAUGCAGGGACCACAGUGAAACACACAGUUGCAUCUCUCUCUGCUGGAACAAACUACUCUUUCACUCUCUUCACUGUGUUUGAGGGAGUGAGCAGCACAGGAUUUACCUUCUCAGCAGUAACAGUUCCCUCCGAUGUUACUCAGGUAAAUGUGGUCACCCGCUCUGAGACCCACCUACAGCUGGAAUGGACCAAAGUCAACAACGACAAUAACUACAAUUACAUACUGAGAGACAGCAAUGGAGCAGAGGUUGACAUAGCUGGAUCAGAUGCAGGAACCACAGUGAAACACACAGUCUCAUCUCUCUCUGCUGGAACAAACUACUCUUUCACUCUCUUCACUGUUUUUGAUGGAGUGAGAAGCACAGGACGCACCUUCUCAGCAGUAACAGUUCCUCCUGAUGUUACUCUGGUAAAUGCAGUCACCCGUUCUGAGACUCACCUAGAUCUGGAGUGGACCAAAGUCGACAACAACAAUAAUUAUACUUACGUACUGAGAAACAGCAAUGGAGCAGAGGCCAGUAUCAUUGGAUUAGAUGAGGAGACCAGAGUGAAACACACAGUCUCGUCUCUCUCUGCUGGGACAAAGUACUCAUUCACUCUCUUCACUGUGUUUGAGGGAGUGAGAAGCACAGGGUAUACAUUCUCAGAGAUUACAAUUCCCCCAGAUGUUGCUCAGGCAAAUGUGGCAACCCUCUCUGAGACUCACCUAGAGCUGGAAUGGACCAAAGUCAACAACGACAAUAACUACAAUUACAUACUGAGAGUCAGCAAUGGAGCAGAGACAAACAUCACUGGAUCAGAUGCAGGGACCACAGUGAAACACACAGUUGCAUCUCUCUCUGCUGGAACAAACUACUCUUUCACUCUCUUCACUGUGUUUGAGGGAGUGAGCAGCACAGGAUUUACCUUCUCAGCAGUAACAGUUCCCUCCGAUGUUACUCAGGUAAAUGUGGUCACCCGCUCUGAGACCCACCUACAGCUGGAAUGGACCAAAGUCAACAACGACAAUAACUACAAUUACAUACUGAGAGACAGCAAUGGAGCAGAGGUUGACAUAGCUGGAUCAGAUGCAGGAACCACAGUGAAACACACAGUCUCAUCUCUCUCUGCUGGAACAAACUACUCUUUCACUCUCUUCACUGUUUUUGAUGGAGUGAGAAGCACAGGACGCACCUUCUCAGCAGUAACAGUUCCUCCUGAUGUUACUCUGGUAAAUGCAGUCACCCGUUCUGAGACUCACCUAGAUCUGGAGUGGACCAAAGUCGACAACAACAAUAAUUAUACUUACGUACUGAGAAACAGCAAUGGAGCAGAGGCCAGUAUCAUUGGAUUAGAUGAGGAGACCAGAGUGAAACACACAGUCUCGUCUCUCUCUGCUGGGACAAAGUACUCAUUCACUCUCUUCACUGUGUUUGAGGGAGUGAGAAGCACAGGCUAUACAUUCUCAGAGAUUACAAUUCCCCCUGAUGUUGCUCAGGCAAAUGUGGCAACCCUCUCUGAGACUCACCUAGAGCUGGAAUGGACCAAAGUCAACAACGACAAUAACUACAAUUACAUACUGAGAGUCAGCAAUGGAGCAGAGACAAACAUCACUGGAUCAGAUGCAGGGACCACAGUGAAACACACAGUGGCAUCUCUCUCUGCUGGAAAAAACUACUCUUUCACUCUCUUCACUGUGUUUGAGGGAGUGAGCAGCACAGGAUUUACCUUCUCAGCAGUAACAGUUCCCCCUGAUGUUACUCAGGUAAAUGUGAGAACCCUCUCUGAGACUCACCUAGAGUUGGAAUGGAACAAAGUCAACAAUGACAAUAACUACAAUUACAUACUGAGAGACAGCAAUGGAGCAGAGACAAACAUCACUGGAUCAGAUGCAGGGACCACAGUGAAACACACAGUCUCAGCUCUCUCUGCUGGGACAAAAUACUCUUUCACCCUCUUCACUGUGUUUGAGGGAGUGAGAAGCACAGGAUUUACCUUCUCAGCAGAAACAGUUCCUCCUGAUGUUACUCUUAUAAAUGUGGUCACUCGUUCUGAGACUCAUCUAGAUCUGGAGUGGACCAAAGUCAACAACGACAAUAACUACAACUACAUACUGAGAGACAGCAAUGGAGCAGAGACCAGCAUCACUGGAUCAGAUGCAGGGACCACAGUGAAACACACAGUCUCAUCUCUCUCUGCUGGGACAAAAUAUCCUUUCACUCUCUUCACUGUGUUUGAGGGAGUGAGAAGCAAAGGAUUUCAGUUUUCAGAGGUUACGGUUCCCCAUGAUGUUACUCUGGUAAAUGUGGCAACUCUCUCUGAGAAUCAACUAGAGCUGAAGUGGACCAAAGUCAACAACGACAAUAACUACAACUACAUACUGAGAGUCAGCAAUGGAGCAGAGACCAGCAUCUCUGGAUCAGAUGCAGGGACCACAGUGAACCACACAGUUGCAUCUCUCUCUGCUGGGACAAAGUACUCCUUCACUCUCUUCACUGCGUUUGAGGGAGUGAGAAGCACAGCAUUUACCUUCUCAGCAGUAACAGCUCCCAGUGAUGUUACUCAGGUAAGGCUGAUAACCCGCUCGGAGGAUCACCUAGAGUUGGAAUGGACCAAAGUCAACGACAACAAGAACUACAAUUACAUUCUGAGAUACAGCAAUGGAGCAGAGAACAGCAUCACUGGAUCAGAUGCAGGGACCACAGUGAAACACACAGUCUCACAUCUCUCUGCUGGGACAAAGUACUCAUUCACUCUCUUCACUGUGUUUGACGGAGUGAGAAGCACAGGGUAUACAUUCUCAGCAGUUACAAUUCCCUCUGAUGUUACUCAGGUAAAUGUGGUCAACCGCUCUGAGACUCACCUAGAGUUGGAAUGGAACAAAGUCAACAACAACAAUAAUUAUAAUUUCAUACUGAGAGAUAGCAAUGGAGCAGAGACCAACAUCACUGGAUCAGAUGCAGGGACCACAGUAAAACACACAGUCUCAUCUCUCUCUGCUGUGACAAAAUACUCUUUCACUCUCUUCACUGUGUUUGAGGGAGUGAGUAGCACAGGACACAACUUCUCAGCAGUAACAGCUCCUUCUAAUGUUCCUUUGGUAAAUGUGGUCACCCGCUCUGAGACUCACCUAGAGAUGGAAUGGACCAAAGUCAACAACGACAAUAAUUAUAAUUACUUACUGAGAGAGAGCAGUGGAGCAGAGACCAGCAUCCCUAGAUCAGAUGCAGGGACCACAGUGAAACACAAAGUUGCAUCUCUCUCUGCUGGAACAAACUACUCUUUCACUCUCUUCACUGUGUUUGAGGGAGUGAGAAGCACAGGAUACACCUUCACAGCAGUAACAGUUCCCUCUGAUGUUACUCAGGUAAAUGUGGUCAACCGCUCUGAGACUCACCUGGAGUUGGAGUGGAACAAAGUCAACAACAACAAUAACUACUAUUACACACUGAGAGACAGCAAUGGAGGACAGACCAACAUCACUGGAUCAGAUGCAGGGACCACAGUGAAACACACAGUAUCAUCUCUCUCUGCUGGAACAAAAUACUCUUUCACUCUCUUCACUGUGUUUGAGGGAGUGAGAAGCACAGGACACAACAUCUCAGCAGUAACAAAAAUCAACUGUGCUGCCUCACGGUGGACCAUCAGCAACUCCACCAUUGAGGCAGAGAUUUUGGGGCUGUUCUCCAUGGCAACAGCUCAUAAUGCGAGUGACGGUGAUGUGACUGGCACUGUGGAGGGAAACAAAGUGUCCUUUUCUAACCUUUACUCCGGGGCUACUUACAAUGUGUCACUGUAUUAUGAGUUGGGUCAGGAGAAACUCCCACAGUGCACAGUGGACAGUUUAACUUUAGUUCCUGUGAUAGUGCCCCAUUUGAGUUGUGAGCCUGGAGACUACUCUGUGAGUCUGAAGUGGGUGGAACCAUUUGGUGUGUGGACUGCAGUGGAGGUGAAUGUGAGUGGAGAAAGUUCUGAUUUAGUAUCAGGAACAAAGCUGAUGGUGGAUGGACUUCAGCCUGCUCAGACCUACAGCAUCAGCAUCACAACACUCUCUGGAGCCACGAGGAGUUCCCCUCUGUGGAUCAGCUGUCAAACUCAUUCAACGGUGAUCUGGGUACCAGUGCUGGUGGUCAUCAUUCUGCUGGGCCUCCUGUCUGCUGUAGGAGUGGUUCUACUGUGUCGACACUGGAAUCAGGGGGGUGUAGGGGCCAAUAGCCCACCCACUUUUGCCCGGUCAAAGUCUGAUAAUGACCAACACCAUGCUACUAGGUUGCCUAGUAACAGGGACGCUGGUCAGGUGUGCCACUCCGUUUUGCGUGUUACUUUAGUUUGAUUUAUUUUCACUAUUUUCAUAAUAUUAUGUAAAUGUUUUUUGAUUUAUAUAGCUUAUAUUUGAGUUAAGAUCAUUUGUUCUUCAUUACCGUUGUUGUUUUUCCCAUGGCAGUGAUUUUAUCAGAUUGGCUUAUUUGUAGUAAACACUUACCACUAACUAAAAGUUUACUACAACUGCUUGCCAGAAACCUAAUUUGGAUUUUAAAAUAUGACCUUGCCACAACUUUGCGGCAACUGUUCGCCAGAAACCUGAAAUUUCUGUAAGGGUAGUUCCAGACUCCAAACUCAAACUGAGCGUAGCUGGGACGUGAGCAACCUGUCUGAAAUGUGUAACUCUUCUGGUAGCUGCGUAGCCUGGAGGACCAGACCCAAUCUGAAAUAUUAAGGGUCUGGCCACGAAUAACCUAAUGAAACGAAUAACUCAUUUGAAAAUCUCAUUGCACGCAAUUGGAUAACACUAUACGAUCAAUGGUAACUGACUGAUUCUGGACUUCAAUUGGAUAACAUACGUCUGUCAUCUGUUUAGCUCGCCUUUGGCCCACCUAUAUCAGAUACACAGAUAUGAUUGGUUCCCUGCGAUGCAAGGGGCAAAAGCUACGUGCAUCAUUACUCGUUGCCAGAGUCUCUCGCUAAGCAAAUGCUCCCGCGACAACUCUGGAUUCCCAGGGUAGUAGCUGCGCUGAGAGAAAUCAGAAUCAAGCAUAGAUCUGUGGAUGAAUAAAUUGUUAUGGGACCGUUCGGUAUUUAUGGAAUGGACCACCGGAGGAAACCCGCUGUUCAAUAAAAUCUGUAAAAAUGUCAAUUUAUAAACUUGUUUGAAGCCUGAAUAAAAUUGACGACUGAAUCAUAUUAGACAUACCAGGACCUUUUCAGUUGCUGAAAAAAAAGAACUUAAAAGACUAUCAAGAGUGACAGACUGACAGAAUUGUAUUUUUUUACUGAGCCGACAGUUCUGCAUUGACACCAUUGAAGCUAUAUACUGUAGCCUAAACGAAUGCUAUAGGUUUUUUUUAACAUGUAUAUGCUCCAUUUUCUGCUUUACUUGUUAAUGAAGUUGUGGCCUAUGGCGCAGGAAUCGUGCCAAAAACCUUCCGACUGUCCAUCUGAUCAACCAACCAAUCGACCAACCAAACGUCAUACCACCAGCCUUACUGACAUGUAUCAGAAUAAUUGCCUUCUGAUAAGCAGCGUACAUAUACAGUACCUACAUAAUAAACUUACACAUAUCCAACAUGUGCCCAGAAUUGCAACAUGUACUUAUUCUGUUGGAACAUGAUGAUACAUGUAAAGCAAUGAACGUGCUAGUCGGCGUUUGUCAUGACGUUUGAUGGAUCCACCGGUUGGGAGGGUUUUGGCAUCAUUCUCGCGCUAUAGUAGCCUACUUUCCUUUGUUCAAUGUUCUUGUUGAACAAUGCUGGCAAGUGUGUCCCUGUUCCCCUGUCAUCAUGUCAUUGCUUGUUGACUCUCGGGUUGCUGGUUGUAAUCUCACCCGAAAUUGCUGCACCUUCCAAUGAACGUUGUCUGAACUGUUAGAACAUCUACAUCUACUUCCUUGUAAUAAAAUGGGCUGAUACUCAGGGAU